CGAUAACAAUAGUCGCAGCUCUGGGCACAUUUGCUAUUUGACAAAUAAUUUGUCAAGUCAGUUAACAAAUUUAGCUAUGGCCACGAACAAACCACAAGAAGAGCUCAAGCACAAGAAGAAGAGUUACUUGCCCAACAUUGUAUAUAAAAAUGAGCUGCCCGUUCCUGAGGACGGCUGUAAGUUUCUGCCUUGUGGCAAAACGCUCAUGGAUUAUACAGAGGAGCCAGUAUCUUUUCCUGAACUGGAAAUGAAAUUCAAAUACGAGUUCAACGGCUUUCAGUCGCUCUUUGAUUUGGAUCUAGUAAAUCUGGAUGGCUAUAAGCAGAAUCCAUCUGCGGGCAUGCAAGCCGAAGAUGCUGCCUUACUCGCUGAUAUACAGGCAUUGCAUCUGGAGGACACCAAGCCAAAACAAGAGCAGCAAAGCACAGCUGUUGCUGCUGCUGUUGUAGAAAGCGCUGCAGUAGCAGCUGCUGCAGCUGCUCCAGACCCAGCGAAGGCUGCAACUGAGUGGCUGCUGAGAGAAAAAGAAAAACAAAUUAUAGAGCAUACUUUUAUGGGUAUAAAACAUAAACUAGCGUCUUACGGCGCUAUGAACGGAAAAGGCAAAGCGAUUGCUGUGCAGUCCAUUUUGCCAAACAGCGAACGCGCUGGACAGCAGAUUGCACACUUACAGUUCGAUGCCAUGCCACAUGCCACUUUGCUGAAGCACUGUGGUACUCAAAUGAUCAGUUUUAAAGCAAAGUCUGAUCAUUUGCUGAAUGAGUACCACAAGACACAUGGUAAGAGAUGGCAAUGUCGGGCUUUCAUCUCAGAUGAGCGCUACAAAGAGGAGCCUAUCGCAAGCAAUGGCGAGUCAGAGGAUCGUUUAAUGCUGUGGGAAAAGGACGACAUUAUGUAUUAUCAAAAGGUCUGUCAGCACUCAAAGUUCACCAAGAAGCAAGCUCAUCCACAGGGCAAUGUAAACUUGCUGCAUGUAAGCCGUCCCCAAAAAAAAUAGCAUUAAAAGACUUGCUGACAGUCUAAUUGAGGCAGUUGAAUAAAAAACAUUAUUUGCGU